CGACAGCUUUGUUAUAUUUGCGCCAGCAUGUCUCUCAAGACUACCAUUCUGCAGUAUGCGCUGCCUUUACUGCCCAAAUACUCGUUCACGCGAGAUACCCUGUCUCUCGCGCUCCAACAGAUCCGAUCUGUAGAACAGCCCCUCGCUCCGUCACGGGCUGUAUCCAGAGAUUUCGCACACACAUCUCAACUUGACUCAAUCGGUCGAGAAAACAUUAUCGACACCCUGUUCGGGACUGGCACAACGUCUCCAGCUAAAGCUCUCGUAGAAUCUUGGCAGGUGGAAGGGCUUAAAUCGGUGGACAGCGGACAUGAUCGAGCGAGUCUGACCGAAAGAUUGGAAAGGAGACUGGAAUAUUCCUCUGGGGUAGGAGAGCAUCUCGUUGAGGCUUACGCACUGCUUUCUGCACCUGGGAGCACACCUUCCGUCCCCGUGCCACGCAGUGUCCUAGAUCAUUUGCCCAGAUUCGAUUUUCCUCCACUAUAUCAACCGCCUGGCACUGCGUCGACGAGCAGUCAUGCCCGCCUGGAUCCUCCAGCCACGAGCAGAGUCGGUGCUGCGUCUGAAUGGGACAGCAUAACCCUUCUUGACAAGCUGGAAAGUCUGACAGGUGGACGAAUUCCCUUCCUCCGCUUCAACCCUCUUGGUCCUCUCGGUUACGCCUGGGACAUUGCUGAUCAUGCCCUGCGUAUCGAUGAGACGCGAUCGGGCCAGACAAGAGGGAUGAUGAAUGAGCCCACGGGUGCUGGUCCGGAAUGGUAUACUUCCAGAAUGAGCAUUGCGCUCGCGUACCUAGCGGCUGAAUCUCAACUUCUUCAACCUCAAGCUUCUCACCCUGUGGCUAUUGAAGACGCAGCGCAUCACCUCUCCGCAGCCAAGAGGGCUUUGCGGACCCAUCUGAAAAGGUACGACGGAGCCCGCGAAAUUGUACAGAGCUCGGAAUCUGGUCUGAAGGAUGUUGGGAGCAUGCUCGAGUUCUUUGGCAGAGGCAUGAUAGGGCUGCUCAGAAGUCGAGGAUUGUGAAGGGUGGACAUCUCGCAGCCGGAUUGAAGUUGGGCAUCUUAUUGCUGGAUUGUCUAGCCCGGGGUCAAGCCGCGAGAAGCCCUUAGGCGAUCCCCAGGCAUUCAUAGUGCCUUUCGUACGGCCGAUGAGCCUGCAUGCUGGCCACAUUGUACCCUAGCACUUCCAGGUAUUAAUCAGCGUGUCCAUCAGACCAUCUCCUGCGCAUCCGAACCCUUUCGCUGCUAUCACAGGGGGGUCCUCUCAAGCCCCGACGCCGUUCCGCCGCACGGUCCGAGAGUCGCAGAAAUUUCCUCACCCGAAAUGCUACCCAAAU